UUUUUUUUUUUUUUUUUAAGACUCAGUUUCCGUGCCGUCUGCUGCUACACCUGCCUGCCAAAGCAGCUCCAGCUCUGAUGGGCGCGGCUGGGACCGGUGCCCACAUCUCUGUGUUUUGACUUGCCUGGGAAAGUUGAUCGAAAAAGGCACAAAAGGACCGAGGAGGACUUCUUUUUUUUUUUUUUAGAGAGAGAGAGAGAGAGAACAUCCCACCACGACGCGUCAACUUCAUAUAAACACAUUAUCAUUCCUCCUGUGGAUCAGUAGAGGUCCAUCUCUGUAGAGGAGGACUCAGGAUUUGAUUGAUUGUUGUUCAAGCUGGCUGAAGAUAAAUAUGGGAUGGACGAGUUAACGAGAGAGAUGGACUUCUCGGCAAGCUUGUCAGGAGAAAAGGUUGUAACAGAAACUAUAACCACCACCACCAGACUGACUUCUCUACCACCAAAGGGAACCAGCGGAUCAAAUCACAGGAAUAUGUCCAGCGGUGCUGGAGGGCUGGGCCUGGAGAAGAAUGUCUUAACCCAGAACAGCAGUGGAACGUAUUUCUCCUCAUCCUCUGUAGGUGUGAACACCGGCAGCUUAAGCUCCUCCUCUGGAGUUUACCUGGGAGGAGACUCUUCAGGAGGAGGUGAUGGAGGAGGGGGCUACUUAGACGGAGGAGGGUAUGGAAGCGGAAGUGGAGGAGGCGGCGGCAGCAGUUACAUGGUGAGCUCAGUGUCAAAGGUCAGGUCCAGCUCGUCAGGCGGUGCCAGGAGAUCGCAGGCCAAUGGCUCGUCAGGAGGCCUGUCGCCAGGUUUCCGGGAGAGGAAGACCUUAACCAGCCGCUCAGGAGGUUAUGAUGGCAGUUCCAGUGGCAAUUCCUCUCCAGAGUUUACACGCAAAGAUUAUGGGAUCUAUUGCUCAGGCGCCACAAGAGGGAGGAGUGAAAGCAGAGAGAGCGAGAUCAGAGCAAGAUUACAGAGCGCCUCUCCCACGGCCUGCAGAUGGACGGAGCUGGACGACGUGAAGAAGCUUCUGAAGGGACGCUCCUGCAGCGUCAGCCCCACUCGCUCCUCCAAUGCCUCCAUCACCCUGCCCGUCCCUAAAAAGGCCACCGUGGAAACCAAGACCAUCACCGUGGCCUCUCAGUCGGGUUCGACUUCGUUUGACUCUGGUCUGAGAUCAGCCGGCUUCCACACCAUCGACUCUGCAGGCCUGUUUGAUACUGGUCUGACGAAUGGGCACUUUGAUACUGUAAAGUCAAGCCAGUACGAUGUCACGCUAAAAUCUGGCCAAUAUGAUACAGGUGUUAAAUCAAGCCAUUAUGAUGGUAGUCUGAGAUCAGGACAGUUUGACUCUGGUUUAAGAUCAGGCCAGUAUGAGACCAGCGUGAAGUCAGGAGGUCAAUAUGAUGUCACUCUGAAAUCAAGCCAAUACGAUACUAGUGUGAAGUCAGGACAAUAUGACAUGAGCAUGAAAUCAGGGCAGUACGACAGCAGUGUGAGAACGGGCCAGUAUGACACGUUGGACGCCAUACUUCCAUCUUUCUCCUGGUCCACCUCCACGCUGCCCGCCGCCUCGUCCACCACGGCGGUCGCUGGCAACACCAGCUACUCGUACCAGACGAGCACCAACAACAUGCCGGGAGGAUCCUCGCCCGUCGGUCUCACCUCACCCUCGUCUCUGUCAGUUUACGGCUUUCAGAACAAUCUGGCUCCCACCUCCAGCAGCGUGCUCACCACCAGCGGUGCUAACGUACAUGCUAACGUAGGAGGUUACGGCGUUCAGAAGAACGUGUCAAACGGAGUUGGUGUCAUCAGCACUGGAGUCUCUACAACCACUAGAUCCCAAACUGUCGACGACGCUUAUAAGAAAGACUACAAGUUCCUGAUCUCUGAGAAGGAGAACGUGCCGGCCAAGAGGGACACAGAGAUGCUCAUUUUGGCUAAAGACAGCGGGAAGCAGUUCACCAGCAGCAGCAGCGUUCAUAUCGGCGGAGGGUCGCUAUCGGGAGAUUCAAUAAAGAAAGAGAAGCUCAUUUCAAGCUACACGGAGACGAUGCCACUGAAGUCAGAGACGGGCAACUCUUACUAUGGAUCAUCUGGAGUUGUGAUGAAAGACAAAGCCACCUAUGCAGAGAUUCACAGAGACAGCGGCGCCUUCGGAGGUGGAGGACUGUGCUGCUGCUCCGACUCCUGCUGCUCCUGGUGGAAGUGGCUGCUGGGUCUUCUCCUCCUCUCCCUGCUCCUGCUCGGACUCCUGUUUGGGCUCAUUGCGCUGGCUGAGGAUGUGAGAAAGCUGAAGAAUCGCGUGGCGACCCUGGAGGCCGAGUCCUCCGUCGCCGCUGCUCGUACCAGUCGGCUGGCAGGUUCUGAAAAUGACAUCUAUGUUGCCGGUGGAGCUGCAGGAGGAGGUGCCCACACUGACAACACGCUACACCUGGGUGCUGGAGGAGGAGGAGGAGGCUCGAGCUCCAAAACACGAAUCGCGAUUGCCACUGGGGCAGGUGGUGCAGGAGGCGCCACCGGUAGCAGUGGCAUCGAUGUCAGCAUUGCUGGUGGUGCUGGUGCUGGUACUGCUGGUGGGUCUACUGGGGCCAGAGCUGGAGGUGCUGGCACGGCCAGUGGCACCAGUUACAGUGACACCAGUUACAGUGGUGGUGCUGGCAGUGCUGGUGGGACUGGACACAGUGGUGCUGGUACCAGUUACAGUGGCAGCGUUGGAAGCGCUGGUGGUACCACAGGGUUCGGUGUGAGUGGAGGACACACAGACGCUUCUCUUCAGCUGAUGAUCCAACACAUGUUGAGAAAUGAAAUGCAGUCACAAGCAUUCAGAGCUUUCCUGACAUCCUCAGUGCAGGGGGAGAGAGGGCUGCCUGGACCUAAAGGGGACACUGGAGCUAAAGGUGACGCUGGGUUCCCUGGACUCCCAGGUGCUCCUGGUGCGAUGGGACCUUCAGGCCAUGAAGGUCCUAAAGGACAGAAAGGAAGCCAAGGUGAUCAUGGAGUGGACGGACAACCUGGUAUCAGAGGUCGUGAAGGUCCAGCUGGGCCCAGAGGUGAGCCAGGACCUUCAGGCGUUGGACCGAAGGGUGACAGAGGUUCUCCUGGUGAUCCAGGGGUUCCUGGGCCUGUUGGACCUGCUGGACUGAAAGGUUCACCUGGAAAUCCUGGACUUCCUGGAGCACCAGGUCAACCAGGUCCUCAAGGUUUCCGUGGCGAGGCAGGGUUACCUGGGGCUAAAGGUGACCGAGGGUUGGCUGGAUUCCAAGGAGCUAAAGGUGAUCCUGGUCACGAUGGUCUCAGAGGUAUUAAAGGUGAAGCAGGAGCACCGGGUCUGCCAGGGCUCGCUGGAGAGAAAGGAUCCAAAGGGUCAAUGGGCUUGGCCGGAGUUGAUGGUCAAAAAGGAUCAAGAGGUGACCAAGGACCUUCUGGGCCUCCUGGACUCAGAGGUCCUGCUGGACCUCCCGGAGAUGCUGGACUUCCAGGACAACCUGGACUUCAAGGACCACCAGGUAUACCAGGGAAUCCAGGAAGACCUGGUGCUAAAGGUGAAACAGGACAAGCAGGAAGAAUCAUCAAUGCAGCUGGCUCCUCUGCUGUUGGCAUCCCAGGACCACCUGGACCUGCUGGUCCUCCCGGCCCUGCUGGACCUCCAGGAUUAUCAGGUCCGAUUGGUCCUGCUGGUCUGCCUGGCCAACCUGGUCCUAAAGGUGACAGAGGGUACAAGGGAGAGCAGGGAGAAGCAGGAAUAUCAGUGAGAACGUCAGAAAGCAUCAGCUCAACCAGAAAUGAGAGACAGUUUAGUUCCGGUGGAGCCUCAGGAAUCCCUGGACCUCCCGGCCCGCCCGGUCCACCCGGACGUCCAGGAGAUUCAAGACAAGGACCUCCAGGACCACCUGGGCCUCCAGGUUAUGGAAGACCAGGACCUAAAGGAGACAAAGGAGACCCAGGCUUUUCAUCCAGCUCUGGAACAUAUUACACUGGACCACCAGGACCACCUGGGCCUGCUGGGCCUAAAGGAUCAACAGGUUCUCCUGGACCGAGAGGAUACCAAGGUGAACCAGGCCAGCCAGGUGUGCCAGGAAGACCAGGAAGCUCUGAGAGAGUGUCCACUUAUUCCGGAGGCCACAGCAUCCCUGGACCACCAGGUCCACCAGGUCCUCCUGGACUUCCAGGACCACAAGGAUUUAAAGGGGACCCUGGAGCUCCUGGUAUUCCCGGCUCUUCAAGAGGCUCCGUCUCCGUCACAUCAGGUCCUCCUGGUCCUCCAGGUCCUCCUGGUCCUCCAGGUCAUCCAGGAUCCUUUGCCGCUUCCAGUGAGGUGCACCAGUACAUCAGCGACUAUCUGAGCAGAAGCAGAUUGAGUGGAACACCUGGACCUCCUGGUCCACCUGGACCUCCUGGAAUCCCUGGAAGCUUCUCAGGCUCAAUCGAUGACAUCGCCAACAGAAUCAUUGCAUACAUUCAACGUUCAGGCUCAGGCCUCAGCCUUGGUGUUCAGGGUCCUCCAGGACCUCCUGGUCCUCCUGGACCUAGCUCUGGCUCUGGAUCCCUGACGGUUAAUGCUCUCAUCACCAUGCUUCAGAGAGACGACGUGAGGAGGUAUUUGUCAGGACCGCCAGGGCCACAAGGACCACCGGGACCACCAGGGUCAUCCGUAGGAUUUUCAGCCAAUUACAACGUGGAGGAGGUAGCCAGAUAUGUCUUUAACAUCAUGAAUGACAGAGGGAUUGCUCGAGGUCUGCCUGGGCCACCAGGUCCUCCAGGGCCUGCUGGGCCUUCUGGUGGAUCAAGCUCUGGCUACGCGACCGCUACAAUCGACUAUACUGCGCUGAUGAGAAGUCCAGAAUUCCGCUCAUGGAUGAGCUCUUCAGUAAAACAGGGUGCUCCUGGUGCUGCGGGUCCCCCAGGGCUGCCUGGCCCUCCUGGUCCUCAGGGACCACCGGGAGUCUCCUCUGCCACUGUGUACGGGUCGGGAGGUCGUGGCCACAGUUUGGAGGAAAUUCAACGCUACCUGCAGAGCUCUGGGUUCAGAGGUCUUCCCGGCCCUCCUGGCCCUCAAGGUCCACCGGGACCACAGGGUCCAUCGGGUGGUUACAGUGGAUCAGUUUCCUACAGUGGAAACUUCCCUCGGGAGACAAUCCGCGCUGAAGUCCAGGAGUAUCUGACCAGUGACAAUGUUCGUCGCACCAUCAUCGGACCACCAGGGCCUCCAGGACCAAGAGGUCAGAAGGGAGAGCGUGGGGAGCCGGGUUACGUCCAGGGCUACACGCAGAGCCAGAGCUACUCUCAGGGCAACUCUCAGGGCAACUCUCGCUACGGCACCGAGCGCAGAGACGUCGACAUCAGCAGGCUCACUGAGACGCUGGACUACUCCAGCGUCGCCAUGAAGGUUACAGACUACAUCAAGAAUCAAGGCCUGCUGCAGGAGUAUAUGGUUGAGGGUCCCUGGAGGGCACACUUGAGAGCGAUUCAAGGCCCCCCUGGUCCACCCGGACCUCCCGGACCACCCGGUCAGAGCCGCGUCAUCGGCGCCUACGGCAACGUCACCGCUGACCUCAUGGCCUUCUUCAGAACUUACGGUACCGUCACCGGCCCGCCAGGAGGCCCCGGACCAAGGGGAGAGAGAGGGUACCCAGGACCCAGAGGAGACAAGGGUGAUCCAGGAAAUCCAGGUUUACCAGGACUCCCUGGAACAUACACGGUCCAGAUCCCACACAGAGUGCAGAAGAGGGACGCAGAGAAUAAAGAGGUCGUUCAGAAUAAAGCAGGUGGUCGUCGCAAGAAGCUCCGUCGCCAUGCCAACGGUGGCUAGAGGGCUAACACACUGCUGGGUCGUGUCAGCUUUAAUUUUUUCUCUUCUUCUUCUUCUUUUUUUUUUUUUUUAUAGGAUCAAUGCAAGUAGUGAAAAAUGCUCCUUAUUUCUUGCCAUUUGUAGAAAAAGUUCAGGGGACAAUUUGAGCAAAUAAAAGUGGCCAAAAAAACGCAUCAGCUUCUUUAAAAACUGCUUCAGUAGAGUUAAAGAUUUUUAGCUGCUGGUCAGUGUUUUUGUAACACAGACUUCUUUUUUUGAAUUUUUUUUUAUUUGACAUGUGGGUGUAAAAUGUUUACUGUGCUCAGUUAGACGCUUGCAUUCAAACCUUUUUUUUUCCAGGGGCAGCUUUGUUUAAGAGAAAACUAUUUUUAAGCAAUAAGUUAGCUGAUAUAUUUCAUGUGCACUUUGCGUCUCUUCCCACUGCUCGUGUAACUUGAGGUGUAUGUUUUCUUUUUUGUAUUAAUUGUCUUUUGAGGAUUUUUAUUGUAUUGAGGAAUAUAUUAGUGUUGACUGUUUCAAGUACAAUAUUUUCAGUUUACCCACAUAAAUCAAGUCCAGCCUCCACUCACGAUAUACAAAACAGAUUUAUUAAAUAUAUACAGCAUCGCUAUCUGAAGCUAACACAGUUCCAGUCAGAGUGAGGGGCAGCAGGGUGGGGGUGAGGGUUGGGACUGAUGGUGUACUUGAUGUUGAGCAGAUGAACGACAGGGACUCAGAUAAUGACUAACAAACGACUGAUUGGAGUGUAUAUUUUUGUAUAAGAGCGCACUGAAAUUCAUAUAUUUUCUUUAUACCUUGAAGUGUUGGAAAGAUUAAAUUAUAAAAAUGUUCCCAGAUUAUGUUUAACGUGAUUGAUCUGAUCAAUAUACUUUGAGAGACACACAAAUAAAUCUAUUUUUGGACUUGUGAGUCUUGAUAUUCAUGUGACUAAAUUGAAAAAAAACCAAACAAACAAAACAAUUCAAGUCGAGGUGAUUCCAAUGUCAAAUAAACGAUCAGUUUUUUUUUAUUUACAACAACAGAAGAAAAUGUCCAUUUAUAAAGACACUUACAUACAUACGUUUGAUCUGACAUCAAAAAUGCAUAUACUAUGACUAUUCAUUGUGGUAGAAUGAUCGACACAUCCAAAAUGCUGUGACUGAACGAAAUAAAAAAAUAUUUCAAAUCUA